GACUGCUUUUCGGUCAGUCAUCCUGAGCCUUCAGCGUUUUCGGUGGCUGUGUAAAAUAUAUUAUUUACUUUCAUCGUCUGUAUGAAUAAACUCACCAUACCGCGAGAUAUUGGCAUAACUGAAAGGAUGAUUGGAGAUAACAUGGACGAAAUAAACGAUGGUCACCAUUUCAACACAACAGAGUUUAUGAAUUAUUUGGUUAAAAACCUCCAAGUUCUCUGUCAAGGUCAUGUUCCCUUUACCCAGAAUUUAGAGGUUAUAGGUCAUAUCUAUAUCAAAGUAGACUGUUCUGCGAAAUUCAACUGUUUUUUGAACGAGGUGGUGUCGAAGACAGAUUCUUGUGAGACUUUGUUUACCAGUAACAGUUUUCAAGCACAAUCCCAAACAGAAAGUAGCAAUAGAACAGUUAUUAACAAUUUGAAAAGCGAUGUCGAUGCACAUUUUCAAGAAUGCAGUUCAACGGAUGAAGAUAUAUGCAUGCCAGUAUUAUUAAAGGAGGAAACCGCAGGACACUUUUCAGUAUCGACUAAGGAAAAACCUUGUACAUUGAAGGAAAAUCAACCAAAAAAGUCAAAUGCAGAAACUAUCUUGAAUUUAGAGACAGCAAAAACAUGCAUUUCUUUACCAUCAAUAAACACAUGUAGUUCACCCUCGAUAGCUAACAAUAAAAAUGUGUGUAAUUCAUCCCCAUUAACAAACGAAACUACCCAUAAUUUGUCUCUGCCAGAUGAAGCAAAUAUAUGGACUCCAACACAAUAUGGAAAUAUUUGGAAUUCAUUGUCAAUUGUAAACCCGUCUCCAUCGAACCAAAACGAUAACAAAGAAUCGUGGGAUCUGUCUGUGGUAACCAAGCAAAAUUCCCCAGGUUCAUCUUCGUGGUCGUCGUCUAAGGAAAGCAUGUCUGGAUCUAUCGAAGAUGUGCCGUAUACACCUGUCACGAGAGCAAAAUCACGAUGUUAUUCAGUAAAAUUUGAACCUAACAAAUCGCACGAUAAUAACUCAACGGUUGUUGAAUUUGCAAAAUCAGAAGAUCCAAUAUUACAAUAUAACAAGGAAUUCAAAACAGAAACAAUCCAGACUUCUGAUUCUGCUAAUGAUUUUACAUAUAUUCCCACGUGUAAUACAGAUAAUACAGAUGAACAAACAUUGAGUGAUUCAAUCAACUUAUUACACAACAUUGAAACACUCCACAAAGCUGAAGAACAUGCAUUGAGUGGUUCAGUCAACUUAUUACCCAAGCUAGAACCUGAGGAAUAUACAUUGAGUGAUUCAAUCAACUUAAUACACAAUUUUGAAAAACCUCACGAUACUGAAGAACAAACAUUAAGUGAUUCAGUCAACUUUAAACACAACACUGAAACGCUUCACGAUACUGAAGAACAAACAUUAAGUGAUUCAGUCAACUUUAAACACAACACUGAAACGCUUCACGAUACUGAAGAACAAACAUUAAGUGAUUCAGUCAACUUUAAACACAACACUGAAACGCUUCACGAUACUGAAGAACAAACGUUAAGAGAUUCAAUCAACUUAAAACACAACACUGAAACACCGCACGAUACUGAAGAACAAACAUUGAGUGAUUCAUUUAACUUAAAACCAAACAUUGAAACACUCCACGAUUCUGAAGAACAUGCAUUGAGUGGUUCAAUCAACCUAAAACACAAUAUUGAAACACACCACGAUACUGAAGCAUCUUCAAAUAUUCUUCUAGAAAAGAUUAAUAAUCUGGACAGAAUAUCUAAAGAACUAACCACAAAUAAUAUUGAUGAUGGAUCAGAGACUACAGAGGAAAUGGAAGCAGACUGUUCUUCAGGUGAUAACACAUUCAUUGAAGAGGACAGUGAUAGCUCAGACUUUGAAGAGGACAGUGAUAGCUCAGACUUUGUUAUAGAACAGGAUUUCCCUGCUUUACGUGGUGUUAAACGAAAAUUUUCUGAUGAUAAAGAAAAUGCAUCAGAUGAUCAGUUUUCAGAUUCAAUCAGCGCUGCUUGUUCAGAACAACCUGUAUUUGUACCAGAACCAGUUAUUGAUUUUGUCGAAGAUUUGAAUAAUGCUAAUAGGUCUACUGAAGUGCCUUUUCCUGUAAUAAACCUUGGAUCAAAAAAACCUGCUACUAAUAAGAAAAAAAAUAUCUUUAGGAAGCCAGAGCGGUACUGUAUGUAUUGCAAGAAUAUUAUUAAAGGGGGAAAAUUAAGACGACAUAUUUUAAGACAGCACAAAGAUGUUGAUGAUGUUAAAGAUGUUCUCAAUUAUGAUAAAAGUGUUCAAGACCAGUUUUUUGAUCAGAAACGGAGAGAAGGCAUAUUUCAUUUUAAUCUCCAAGAGAUGGCACACGACAGACCUUCCAACAUGAGGGAGCGAAGAUCAAAACACAAAGAUAACCUUCGUGUUUGUUUCGAGUGCAAGAGUUUUUUUUCAAGUAAAUUCUUUUGGAAGCAUAAGUGUGUUAGAAAUUCAUCUAAUACACCUCUAAAGCCAAGGCUUAUGGAAAAGACCCAAGACAAGCUUCUUCACGAUAAGGAAUUUAAUUCAUUAUUAAACAGAUUCAGAGAUGAUGAAAUUGGUGCUCUGUGUCGGACUGAUCCAUUGAUUAAACAAGUUGGAUAUAAACACUUUAAUUUACGUAGACAUGAAGUUGGAAAGACAGAUGAGGUUAGUAAGGUAGUUAUGAUUGAAAUGAGACUCUUGGCUCGAAUAUUUCUAGUUUUUAAAUCGGUGUGUACAACUGAUGAUUCAUGCACUAUGGAAUCAAUGUUUCGGCGUCAGCAUUUAGAAGAAUUGCGUGAAGCUCUGCAGAUAGUGUCGAUGACUGAUGAUGGAAAAAAAGAAAAACAUGGUUUGAAAUUAUUUGGAGAUGCAGUGAUUAUGAGAACAAUAAAGCGCUUGGCUGGUUAUUUUUCUGAAACGAUGCAAGAUGAGAAGUACAAGGAAUUAGAAAUGUUUAAAAUUGCAUACAAGUCCAAAUCUGCAGAAACAUUAUCAGAAGCCAGAUAAGCAUGCCAACAAUCUUCUAUGAAGAUUUUGAUAUAGUGAACUAUACAUGGUUGAGAACAAGAUUGACUUUAUAUAAUACAAGGCGCGGGGAAAAACCAUCCAGAAUGCUUAUUGAUGAAUUCACUGCUGCUUUAUCGGA